AUGAUGUCCACACCGUCAUCCUCGCGUGCUCCCCCAACCUCUCCGCAGAUUACUGCCUCGGUGGUGAAGUUUCGCUGCCUAUACACUCACGACUUACGCCGGAAGUCCAAACGAUGGCACGAUGGUCACCUACGAUAUCACAAAUUCAAUAAACGUGUUAUGGUUUACGAUGACCAGGGAAAUUUCAUCGGCGACCACCACUGGCGAUCCCCGGACGAAGUACAGGAUGGUGACGAAAUGGAGCUGGACAAAGGUGUCUUGAUUCAGGUGACAGAGAACAUGGGUACGACUGAAACGGAUAUCACGACUCUGUACGAAAAAAGGAUAUCCAGUCAAGGAUCACCGCAAACAAAAGACCCGGUGUCCGUGUCCCAAGUCCCCCGCGUCACUACCCACACCUCGACACCCGCAUCCACAUCCGCACCUAUUCGUUCAUCCGCUUCGUCCCAGCCAUUUCGCUCACUAAAUGAUUUACUGGGCAUUAAAAGAACUCCAAUCGGGCAUUUGAUUCCUUCAUACGAAGAACGGAAUCCUCCACGAUCAACCUCCAGUGUUCAGGAGCCCGAACGAGCGCCGAAGCGGCAGAAGACAUCCUUGGUGGUGAAUCUAAGCGCCGAGAAAGACUCCCGUGCCCAGAGUGAGGUCAUUGAUUUGACCGAUACAACCGAUACAACUCAGAUAUCCUCUGCAAGGGAGAGGCCAAACCAAUUAACAAAAGAGCAACCCAGAGCCCGGAGUGGUUCUAUGGCCGAUGCACUCCCAGAAAAUUGUGAGCAGAGGUCAAUUCAGUUAAAACAAACUCGGCCACAGAGACCCAAUCCUCCCUCAUUCUCAAGGGUCUCCGCUUUGACUGGAUCUGAGCCGAACUUCAGUCUAGCAACACCAGAGGUAGUCCGUCCAGUCACCAACGGUGUCCAACCUACAAGGCCGCUGUGUAAUAAAUCGAAAGAUGUACCGCCGCCUAUCCAACCAAGGUCCCUCGGCCCCUUAUCGACAGCCCCUCUUCCCAACGUAUCCUCAGAAACAGAGAUACCCAGGCCCCGAGAGAAGUUGCGCGUGGGGCAACCAUUAAUUAACGGCGAAAAUCAGCCAAAAGCCGUGUCACGUCCCAACCUACCACAGAGGUCUGAGCCUCCGACAGUUUCGAAAGUCACUCUCCCAGAUGCGUCCAAAAAUUCGUCUGUUGGUCGAUUUACACCACAGGCGCCAGUGCGCGCUAUCACCAAUUAUGUGAAACCUAUCGAACCCGCGAACAACCAAACUUCAGCGAACGUUCCAUCUUCAGCCAACCAGUCACCUUCAACGGACAUGCCACCUCCAUCCCGUCCACCGUCGGCACUACACUCUGGGGCACCUACGUCGGCUCUACGCAUGGGAGCCGGAAAGCCACGCAGAAAACUGAUGUACAGUGCUUUACUACCCGGCGGUUCACGAACUCCAUCACCAGCGACCUCAGAUACACUGCCUGCUAGUGCAACUCGUGCACCCGCCACAGAACCUCCGGAGCAACAGCUAGCCGUCGCCCUAGGUGAUUCCUCAAUAUCAAACGAGGAGUUUAUGCCCUCGAGCUCAACACAAUUCAUCCUCGACGAAAUGAUAGAUGGAUCAGGGUUCAAAUCACCCUCCACGAUCAAAAGGCUAACCGAGAAAAGAUCUUUGGUUUCACCCUUGCGCAAAUCGAUAUCAGACCCGACCGCAUUGACUGCCCGCCAUGUCCGAGCAGAAGGGUCGUUACACGCAGCCAACAUGGAAGAUGAGCCCAAAGAGCAAGGCCCCUGGACAUCCGAGGCAUUAGAUUUAUUUGAUUUCUGGCCUGCUGGACGACCAAAGCCUCCAAACUACUGA